GCCGUGCACGCAGGGACUGCACACCCGCUAACCCCCCCCCCCACUAAUAUUGGAUUGUGGACCCGAGCAGGCAGCAGAGGAGAAGAACCGAUCAGAGAGAGGACCAGCCGGCGGGGACUUCUUUUGCUCCUCUUCUCACCUGACAGCCCGACCCAGCCGCCCCCCCCCCCCCCCCCCCCAACCCGCCACCCUCACGGAUCCAAGACGUUGUUCCGCGCCCCUCCGAGCAGCGCAGCCCGCGCGGGAAGCUCGGCGGCCCUCGGCGUCCCGCGUCCUGCCGGAGACAUGAUGGUCCACUGUGCCGGCUGCGAGCGGCCCAUCUUGGACCGGUUCCUCCUCAACGUGCUGGACCGGGCCUGGCACGCCAAGUGCGUGCAGUGCUGCGAGUGCAGCUGCAAGCUGACCGAGAAGUGCUUCUCCAGGGACGGCAAGCUCUAUUGCAAAAUGGACUUCUUCAGGCGCUUCGGCACCAAGUGCGCGGGUUGCCUGCAGGGCAUCUCGCCCAGCGACCUGGUCCGCAAGGCUCGCAGCAAGGUGUUCCACCUGAACUGCUUCACCUGCAUGGUGUGCCACAAGCAGCUGUCCACCGGCGAGGAGCUCUACGUCAUCGACGAGAACAAGUUCGUCUGCAAGGAGGACUACCUGAGCUCCGGGACCAUCAAGGAGGUCAGCCUCAACUCAGUGUCCUCGUGCACGGACCGGAGCCUGUCUCCGGACCUGCAGGACGCCAGCCUGCAGGACGACCUGAAGGAGACGGACAAUUGCACGUCUUCCGACAAGGAGACGAACAAUAUCGAGAACGAGGAGCAGAACUCCGGCACCAAGAGGCGGGGGCCCCGCACCACCAUCAAGGCCAAGCAGCUGGAGACGCUCAAGGCCGCCUUCGUCGCCACGCCCAAGCCUACACGCCACAUCCGGGAGCAGCUGGCCCAGGAGACCGGCCUCAACAUGCGGGUCAUCCAGGUUUGGUUCCAGAACAGAAGGUCCAAGGAGCGACGGAUGAAGCAGCUGAGCGCUUUGGGGGCCCGCAGACACGCCUUCUUCAGGGGUCCACGGAGGAUGAGGCCCCUGGGAGGCAGACUGGAGGACCCGGACAUCCUGGGGCCGGCGGCAUACGGCUACUACGGAGAGUACCAAGGGGACUACUACGGACCGGCAAGCAACUACGACUUCUUCCCCCACGGGCCCCCUUCCUCACAGGCCCAGUCCCCGGCCGAGUCCCCCUACAUCCUGGGCGGCGGCGCCAUGGAGGGCUCGGGUCACCUCCCCUCAGACGACCAAAGGUUCACGGACAUGAUCUCCCACGCAGAGACGCCCAGUCCCGAGCCGGGCUCUCUGCAGCCCGUCCCAGGGGAGGCGUACGGGGGCGGGCCCAGUCCCCCUUUCUCCUUGGCCAGUAACUCCAGCUACAGCGCCCCCAUGUCCCACCAAGGCCCCGAGAUGGGGGAGACGGCGGCCUGGUGAAGCUUCUUUUUUCCACAUGGACUACUUUUCACCGCUGGACUGGUGACGGUGUACAAUGCGUAGACGUCUAGACACGCCCCCGGCCCCACCCCCUCAUACGCAAGCUUUCUUGGAAUACUGGACUUGAAUUAUUUAAGAAAAAAAAAAACAACCCCCCCGAAAAAGUGAUUGAUUUCAUCCACCACAUUUCAACUAAACUUCCACCAUCACAUGACAGUCCAAUCCAACACCAAAGGGGCGGGUUCUUCCUUUUCACCUUUAGUGAAAUUGUUGAAAGAAUAUUCCCAAAUAUUCACUUUCACCCCCCCCCCCCCCCCCCCCUGGCCUGCUCCCUGCGGCACACGCCAUGCGCGCAACACCAUGAUCACAUCUUCAAACAACAUGCACACACGCGGCCCCUAUAGUUGUGCUCGUGCACGACCUUCCCUUUGUGAGGGGGCCUUUUUAAAAAGACAUCUUUUAAUGGAAAUGAUUUUCAAAAGCGCAUUGAAGCCAUAAUAGAGAAUCUCCUUCAACAGCUGAGGUCUCCCGCCUCUUUAAGGGACCAAACAAAAGAGGGGCCACGCAACAUCUGUGGAGGGCCAACAACCCCCCACAUCCCCCCCCCCCCACCACCACCCCACCCCUUUGCAUUUAGCCCACCCGGGCCUCCAUCGCCUCCUAGCGACGGAAGUCUUCUUUAUUCCCUCACCUCCACCAAUCGCCUCAUUUCCGCCCAAAGAAUGUGGCUUUUCUUUACCCGUGGACUCCAGAAAUAUUCCUGGAUGUAAAAGUGACCGGAUGAAUGUGUGUGUGUGUGUGUGUGUGUGUGUGUGUGCACAAGUGAGGGGUUGUAUUAUUUGUAUGUAAAUAGCACUGCUAAUAAAACUCUCUCUUACAACUUCAAGCAUCACAUUUUCAUGUGUGAGCAGCCAGUUGGUCCAAGAAACCAA